AUGGAGGCCCUUGCCCGCCGGUACUUCCUGCAACUCACGCAAGGCUGUGGCAACCCCGAGUGCACCAACAAGUUCUGCGUGUCCUGCAAAGGCGGAGUGCGACUGACGCCGGAGCAGGCCAAGGUGUGGAGCGUGCAGCUGGCGGCGCGCCCGCGUCGCUACCUGUGCGUGGGCGAAGAGGAAGGCCAGCCAUCGGUCGCCAAGCGCCUGUUUCCUCCCUCGGCGCUCAAGAAUGUCAACCUCGGCCUGCCCUUCUCUCUGCCGUCCAAGGAACUGCCCGCCGUCUCCGCCUCACCUUCGUCGCCCUCAUCCCCUUCAUCGCCAGCAAAACCCGCGCAAGGCGCAUCGUCAACCACGUCCCCGCCGUUGUCAUCACGCUUCUCUUCAUCGUCGGCAACGUCGACCACAUCGACCUCUUCCACGUCGUCGCCCGCGUCGAUGACCUCUCCCUUUGCCUUCUCCUCGUCCCUCUCGCCGGUCAAGCCCACUCAGUUCCUCUUCUCGGUGGUGUCCAAGUCCACGCCCUUCUCGGCCCUCUUCUCCAAUGUCGUGACGCCCGAGGAGGGCAACACCUUCAUCAUUCACUCGUGGUCCCCCAAAAAGAACCAAGGCUCGCCUCUCCCCGGGCCUUCGCAUGGCGUGUUCUUACGACGCACUAACUGGACCACCUGGGCGCACGAGGACGAGAUCGUGGUGACCAGCCUCAGCCUGGAGCUCAUCAAGCAGUUGGUGGAGGCGGCCAAAGAAGGGGACAUCGGUAAGCUCAAGGAGAUCAUCAGAGACGGGUUCAGCGACUCCUAUGUGCUCAAUAACAGCUUCCUCAAGAAGUUGGAGUUGACUGACGACGAGGAUAUCAGCGUCGUCGACCUGGAGGCGGCUGCCGAGGCCUAUCGGCUCAUCAUUGCACUGGAGCGUGCGCCCAUCCUCCACACGCUCGAGAACGCCACCGAGCUGGUGGUCUCCCGGCUCGCGCUCAGGAAGCAAUCCAUCGCUUGCCCAAAGGACCUGCGCCAGGUCAUGAUCCUCCUCGAGAACCCGCUGGUGCUGCACGGCGAAUCGUACGGAGGAAUUUCGCCUCUGCGAAAACUCGCGCAGACCAUCGUUGGACUUCCUCCCCAUCUGCAGCGCACCCUCACCCGGUGGUUCACACUGUACUCCGAGAAGAAGUUCGCCGAGUUGAUCGACAUCCUGCAUUCGUUCAUCAAUGCGCACAUGCACCAGCAGCACACGCGAGUUCACGACAGCGUGCUCCACCACGGCAUCACCCUACUCCGCUUUCUCUAUGAAGCCAACCAAAGCACAGGGCGAGUGUCGUACACGAGCUUCUACAACGACGCUGUGUGCGAGAAGGUCAACAUCAAGGACGAUUACCGCAAGUGGAUGCAGCUCAGACACGCUGACGUUCUGGAGGAGCGGAAGAAGGACCUCUUCAACGACAUCGAAAGCGCGCCCAGCAGGCCGGCCGAAGGCAGCACGCCCGAGGGGAGGAAGGAAAUGGUGGCCGACGACGAGGCCGUGGACGAGCGAGCGCCCGAGUACGCUACCUGGGUGUCCGAGGACUCCCAGUCCGACUCCUCGCCGGCCGAGACCCGUGCGACGACCGACGCCUUCCGCAACCAUGCCAUGCCCGACGAAGAGCAUGGGCGACGGGUCGAGGUGCACGUAGACGAAGUGCAGAGCAACGAGGAGCGGGGCAGCAAGGCCCGCGUGCGCAGCUUCGCUGAGGAGGAGGCGCUGUCAAACACCAGCCAUCAACGUAGGGCCGCGCGAGAGGAGAAGGGCAAGGAAAAGGUGGGAGAGGAUCAGAGCGAAUACGAGCGCGAGAAGAAUGAAAACGAAAGCGAAAGUGAAGAAGGAAAUGAGCGGAGAAGGGACGAGCAGCCGAGCGAUCACGAAAGCGACGCGGCGGUGACGGAAGGCGAGGAGGCUGAGGAGACCGACCAGGAGGCUAAGAGGCGCAGGAAGCGAAAGGAGAAGCGGAGGGCGCGUAGCUUCCUCGACAAUACGGACGCUCAGCUCACCAAGACAGAGUUCUUCUUCUGCGACUACCCCUUCCUGCUUGAUCCCACCACCAAGGCCCGUAUCAUGCACAUCGACGCCGCCAUGCAGAUGAGCUACGAAGUCGAGGACGCAAUUGCGAAGCUGUCCUUCCUCGGAAUGCUGAAGGAGCAGUCGCUGCCGCUGUUCAUCCCCGCCAGCAUACAGCGCACGGCAGUGCCGCACCUGAUUCUUGAGAUCCGGCGGCAGGAGCUCAUCGCCGACACGCUCGCUCAGGUCUCGGCCAAAUUGAGGGAUCUGAAGAAGCCGCUCAAGGUCAAGUUUGUGGGCGAAGAGGGCAUCGACCAGGGCGGCGUGCAGAAGGAAUUCUUCCAGCUCAUCGUCGAGGAGAUUUUCGACCCCAAGUUCGGUGAGACCGUCAUUUCCUCUCAGCUCCGCCCAAGCAUGUUUUCGUACGAUGAGGAGACGCGGCGUGUCUGGUUCAAUCCCUUCUCGUUGGAAACCGAGAAACAGUACCAACUUAUCGGCAUGAUUCUGGGCCUUGCCAUCUACAAUGGAGUCAUUCUCGACCUGCAUCUGCCGGUGGUCGUGUACAAAAAGCUGCUGGGCCACACACCCACCUUUGCCGACCUCAAGGAGCUCCGGCCGAUGCUGGCCAAGGGUAUACAGCAGCUCCUCGACUAUGACGGCGACGACGUGGAAGACGUGUUUUGCCUCACCUUCCAGACGGAGCACGACACGUUCGGCGAGAGGGUUGUGUACGAUCUCAAGCCCGGCGGAGAGGACAUCCCCGUCACCAACGCCAACCGAAAGGAGUACGUUGACUUGUAUGUAAAGUACCUCCUCGAGGACUCAAUCGCUCCUCAGUUCAAAGCCUUUGCCCUGGGCUUCGAGACCGUCUGCGGUGGGCCGCUGUUCCGCGGCGAGGAGUUGGAGCAGCUCAUCUGCGGCAGCGCCGAUCUGGACUUCAACGAGCUCGAGAAGAUCGCAGUCUACCUUGAUGGCUAUCACCCGCAGCAUCCCACCAUCAGGGCGUUCUGGGAGGUGGUCCACGAGCUGUCGGUGGAGCAGAAGAAGUACCUGCUGGCCUUCGUCACCGGCAGCGAUCGCGUGCCGAUCAAGGGCAUCUCGAAGCUCACCUUCAUCAUCCAACGCAACGGUCCGGACACGGACAGGCUGCCCACCUCGUUCACGUGCUUCUCGCGCCUGCUUCUGCCCGAGUACGCGAGCAAGGAGAAGCUCGAGAAGAUGCUCACCACCGCCAUCGACAACGCCCGUGGCUUCGGCCUCUGUUGA